UGGCGCCCCUCCCACCGUCCCCUUCCUCCUCCUCUCCUCCCCCACUCCCCUGCCUCGCCGCCUCUCUCCGUCGCACCACACCUGCCCCCCCUCCCGGUCUCUCUCUCCUCCGCGCCACACGCAUCUCCUGCUGAUUGAAUCAACUUGGCCUCGCGACUCCGGCUGAUCCGUGGCGCCUCGCUGCCGAGCGGAACCAUCACCUGAUUUGGCGAGACUAGCAGAUAAAAUCAUGGCUCAGGAUGAAGCUGUGGCUACCCAGAAGACUGGAAAUACAGCAUCCCCUUCUAAGGAUUAUCCAACUCCUUCUCCAUAUCCUGAUUGGUCGACCAUGCAGGCAUAUUAUGGCCCUGGUGUCUUGCCACCAACAUAUUUUGCUCCAGCAAUAGCUCCAGGCCAUCCACCGCCAUACAUGUGGGGUCCUCAGCCUAUAAUGCCACCCCCUUUUGGGACACCAUAUGCUGCAGUAUACCCACAUGGUGGAGCUUACCCACACCCCCUUGUGCCCAUGAUGUCAACUCCAUUGAGCAUGGAGCCCGCCAAAUCUGCAAACAGCAAGGAGAAAAAUUCCAAUAAGAAACUUAAGGAAAUAGAUCGGACUGCAGUGUCUGCUGGCAGUGGUAACAGUAAAAGAACAAUGUCAUCCAGUGAAGAUUACAGUGCAGAGGGCUCCAGCGAUGUAAACGACCAGAAGGUGAACAAAACGUCCAGGAAGCAGAACUCAGAUGAUGGACCUGGUGCAGAAACCACCACAGGUGCAAACACGGAAUGUGUUUUAGCUCCUAACCAUACGAUGGGGAAUGGUGCUAUUUUGCCACAUCACUGCUUUCCAGCUCCAGUAAUUAAGCCCAGCGCUACAAAUGUCGCCAACUCGAGGGUGAUAGGCACAGCGAUAUCUCCAUCACCUAGUGUGAUGGUCCCAGCUCAUACUGCAUUACCAGCUGACUUAUCAGUCAAGGAUGAGAGGGAAUUGAAGCGUGAAAAGAGGAAGCAGUCAAAUAGGGAGUCUGCUAGACGAUCAAGGCUGAGAAAACAGGCUGAGACAGAGGAGUUGGCUACACAAGUGGAGUCCCUUACUACAGAGAACACGUCCCUUAGGUCUGAAAUCGGCAGGCUAACAGAGAGCUCGGAGAAGCUCAGAUUAGAAAAUUCCGCUCUAAUGGUGAAGCUGAAGGACACUGCAGCACUGACCCCUGCAGAACCAUCUCCGCACACAGCAGUCACAUCCUCGUCCUCUCCGGGUGCCGCCGCGGAAAAUUUCCUUUCCAUGAUCGACAGCGCCAAGGCGGCCGGCGUCAGCAGGCACACGGAGCACGGCGAGCCCAAGCUCCGGCAGCUCCUGGACUCCAGUCCGGCAACAGACGUCGCUGCCGUAAGCUGAUGACGAUCCGGCUAAUAUUACAGCACAGCACAUGCAUGUGGCCUGGGGAUUUCACAAGCUCAUGCUGCGCACCAUAAAUGUCAGAGUUAUUACAGACUUAGUACACCAGUUUAGGCACUGAUUCCAGUAAAGUAACUGAGGACACCGGUAAUUUUAUCUGCUCCGCUGAGUGCCGGACUGCGACCUCUCCUAGUGUACCAGUGUUGUAACAUAGGGUGUUGUGCUGCAUGCCAACCUUUGAAACUUCGAGAUCGUCCUCCUUGGGACCAUUUUCGGCGUAAUAACAAAAUAUAGUUCGGAGUUUGUACAACAGAAUAAGACGGAUACUGGUGUGUGCUGUGUGCAAUCCUCUACUGCAGUGUUGGUUUGUUCUCAA